AUGCCUCUCCCCGCAGCCCUCCAGUCCCGCCUGGCCAAACGAGGGCUCCUCAAGCUCGUGGAUCCCGAGCCAGAGGAAGAAGUCAUCGCCGAAGACUAUGACGACGACCCCGUGGACUACGAGGCCACUCGCCUCGAAGGCCUGCCCCCCAACUGGUACAAAGUCUUAGACCCGGCAUGCGGCCUUCCCUACUACUGGAACGUGGAGACGGACCUCGUGUCCUGGCUCAACCCCCACGACCCCAGCUCGGUCAUCACCAAGGCGGCCAAGAAGCUCAAGGGCGGCUUGGAGCCCGAAGAGAAGAUGGACCGCGGCCACGAUAGGCCGGAGCGCGGAGGCUACGACAAGGCGGAGCACCGGUACGAGAAGCCAGAGCGGUACGAGAAGCCGGAGCGGGACGAGGCCAAGGAGUGGCGCUGCCACCGCCGGGAGGAGCUGGCCCCCUACCCUAAGAGCAAGCGAGCCAGCCGCAAGGAGGAAGAGCUGGAUCCCAUGGACCCCAGCACCUACUCGGAUGCCCCCCGGGGCACUUGGUCCACGGGCCUCCCCAAGAAGAACGAGGCCAAGACGGGCGCCGACACCACGGCGGCCGGCCCCCUGUACCAGCAGCGGCCGUACCCGUCCCCGGGAGCAGUGCUUCGGGCCAACGCCGAGGCUUCCCGGACCAAGCAGCAGGAGUGA